UUAAGUCUGUGAACCUUCAGUGCUCAGGACUUCGUGUUCUCAAUGAAACGCAGCUUCAGAGACAUGGAACAACAAAAUGAUCAGCCGGCGCCAAUUAAUGACGGCAACAGAAAGCGAGAGGACAUCCUGGAAAGUGCACAGUAUUUUAUGGGUGUCGCGCUGCUGGCGGCUCGGAGGAGCAGGGACCCAAGCACGCAGGUUGGAGCCUGUAUAGUGAACGAGGAGAAGAAGAUUGUUGGUGUGGGUUACAAUGGUAUGCCCAAUGGUUGUGGUGAUGACUCGCUGCCAUGGCGCCGAUCAGGUGAUAACCCUGUGGAAACAAAGUACUUUUAUGUGUGUCACGCAGAGCUGAAUGCCAUUAUGAAUAAGAACAGUGCUGACUUGAAGGGCUGCACAAUCUAUGUGACUUUGUUCCCCUGCAACGAAUGUUCAAAGCUCCUCAUCCAGGCAGGCAUUAAGAACGUCAUCUAUUUAUCUGAUAAGUACCAUAAGUUGGACAACGUGAUUGCUUCCAAAAAGAUGCUUGACUUGGCAGGCAUACCAUACGAGCAGCUCAAGCCCAAGGAGCCUCGGCUUGUCAUUGACUUCAGUUCCAAUUGAAAAUGAAAUCUGCUCAACUUGGGGAGCCAGUGAAUGAGGAGGACAGGCAUGGGAGGAGAGAAAAAGUUUUUAUAUCCAGGAUGUUCAAGAGCAUUUAAUUUGAUGCUUCUCCCUCUGUGGCUCAGUGUGGUAAAAGGGUCUAUCUUUCUGUUUUCAUCUGUUUCUUGUACUCCCUUAGUCUUAGAAAUGUACAAGGGCUCUCAAUACAUUGACUUGACUGGAAAGUUGUUUGUGUCCAUAGUUCCAAAGACAACAAAAAGAUUUGACUUUUAAACUUUUUGGGGAAGGAACUCAUUGUCUCGUGGCUUUCUACACAACACAUCGUGAAUCUGACAUGGACUUUUCUUAGGACCUUUUUCCAAAACAAAUUUUAAAAAGAAACUUAGGAAGAUAUUGGUGGAUAAGUCGCAGUGUUCUCUGCUGCUGGAUAAAUAAAGAGGUUUAAUCCCACAUGAGCUCUUUAAUCUCCGAUCCUUUAUAACUAUGGAUCAUCUUAUGUAUUUAUGAGAGUCUUUGUACAUUUUGAUAUAAGUUAUAUGGGCUUUAGGUUUCAGAAC